AUGGACAAGGAGAAGGCGAAGAUGGAUGCGGGACUCGAGAGUCGUAACCACUGUAUGUUCCCUCUGGUGCUUGGAGCUGUGAGCAUGCUGCCCCUCGUCCGGUGGGAGACGCCGUACCUGGCAUGGCUGCAGGAGAGGAUACGCACGCCCACGCUCGAUUCCUGGUUUGCCAUCACGGCUAACCUGGGCACACACACCUUCUACAUGGUCAUGCUGCCGGUUCUCUUCUGGAGUGGAUACACGGGCGUUGGUCGCGCGGUUGUACACUUGCUUGCGGCCGGAGUGUUCUUCAGCGGGUUUAUGAAGGACCUGCUGUGUCUGCCACGGCCACUUUCCCCCCCUCUACAGCGCAUCACCAUGUCCGGAUCGGCUGCGCUGGAGUAUGGGUUCCCGUCCACCCAUUCGACAAACGCAGUGUCUAUCGUCGUCUAUGCGCUGCACGCUCUACGGUCGCAGACUGAACUUGCACCGCUUACAUCUACCUUGCUUCGGGUCGGACUGUGCAUAUACGUGACCUCUAUAGUGGUGGGCCGGCUGUACUGCGGCAUGCACGGCUUCCUCGACGUGGUGGUUGGCAGCUUUCUCGGUGCACUGCUCGGUUUCAUCCAAUGCGUCUACGGGCCCAAGUUCGACGACUACUUGUUCUCCGGCUCGAUACAGGAGGUCUUUGUCAUCAUCCUCGUCAUCAUCGUGCUGGUCCGCGUGCAUCCCGAACCUGCAGACUCGUGUCCCUGUUUUGACGACAGUGUGGCGUUUGCGGGUGUCUUUGCCGGCGUCGAGCUGGGCAAUUGGCACUUUGCCAGGACUGGAUACUCGCUCUCGGUGCCCACGCCGGGGACGAUCCCGUUCGACCUACAGCGGAUGGGAUGGAUAAAGGCCGUGCUUCGGAUCGUGAUUGGAGUGUUGAGUAUCGUCGGGUGGAGGGAGGUGAUGAAGCCAGCGCUACUGAGGUUCCUGCCACCGCUGUUCAGGAUCAUCGAACGGCUGGGGCUCAGCUUGCCAAGACGGUUCUUCAAGCGUGCAACAGUACAAGCGCAUCCAGGCCAACUCAAAUACGACGACGUCAUGCCCAACGUCUCCGAUAUACCCUCCAUGCUGACUUCUAUCCGCCACCCCCGACGGAGAGCCAUCUCGAUAGGCCCGCAGUCCGAAGCGGAUGCAUACGAGGCAAUAGCAUACCGCCAGCAACGCCGACGGACCAGUGCGGCCUCGGAGAACCCCCGGCCAUCCUCUCCGCUGCGGGAGAAGGGUGGCAACGCAAAGAGCCAGAGCCAACAGCCUGUCACGCGCUCCAAACGGGCUACCUCUAACGUUUCUGACACGCAGUCUCCGUCAAGGAGUCUUCACGAUUAUGAGAAUAUGAUGGGAUCAGGGGCACAGAUUUAUGAACAGGGAAAUACAAAGAGUGCCGAUACUCUUACUAAUGGGACUGUAACGAAUGACGAAGAAGACGAGAAGGAUAUGUUCUCAAAGAUCACCCGGCCUAGAGUACGGUAUGAUGUAGAAGUUGUCACGAAGCUGAUUGUUUAUUCCGGUAUCGGGCUGAUUGCGGUUGAAGCCAGCCCAAUACUCUUCCACCUGCUGGGUCUCGACUAA